AUGACAGCAAAUUCAACAUCAGCAGUGAUUUCCCAAGUUACCUCUCAAUAUUUAAUUUAUGCGAAUUGUAUUACAAGUAUUGCUUCAUUUAUAAGUAACCCGCUGAACAUUUUAGUUUUUCUUCGAUUGAAAUCCUUUCGAACCAAUCGAUCUACUCUAUAUCUAAUCGUUGAAUCAAUUUCAAAUUUUAUAUGUGGGUUAAUGACAUUUAUCAUAACAGUCGUGCCUCUAGUCUACAAUGAUACGACAAUAGUAACUUCAACGAUUUGGUGUAAACUACGACUUAUUAUCUUUCAGACAUCGAUUUUAACAACAUCGUAUAUGAUUUGCUUAUCGGCUUGUGAUCAACUAUUUUCAACAAAUCAUCGUUGCAGUUUAAGACAACUUUAUACAUUGAAAACUGCUCGAUAUUUAGUGGCGAUAGGCAUUUGUUUCAAUGUUGUGCAUAGUAUUCUAUAUGGUCUUUGCGUUAGUAGCCAUCCAUUAUUGGGAUGUAUCAUAUCAAAUCCGAUAUGGAGUCAAUAUGCAAAAUAUUUCUAUUAUCCACUUCUUGCUGGCUUUGUGCCGAUUCUGAUUGCCUCUACGUUCAGUUUAAUUGCUUAUGGGAAUGUGCGCCGAGUUAUUCGUCGACAAAUUCCGAUUGAACGUCGUCGUUUUGACCGUCAAAUCACAGCAAUGGUACUUGUUCGUGUUAUUGCGUUUGUUUUAUUUCAGUUGCCCUAUGCAACGUAUCGAGUCUACUCGAUCAAUAUCAAUCCUGAGAAAGUAGAUCAAUUGAGAGCAACGAUCGAACGAUUGAUUCAAACUGUAUCCUACUCAUUGAUUAAUACAAAUACCGCAAUUAAUUUGUAUUUGUUUUUGAUCACAUCGGCGCGAUAUCGUCGGCAAGUGAAGUACGUUCUGAAGAAAAAAUGUUGGAGAUCAAUAAAGACUUGGGUUUCUCAAAGCGAAAAUCAGGUUUAUCCAGAGAGUACGACGUUUUCCGAUGACAACAUCGACCUUGAUUGA